AUGGCUUGGAAUGAUUUCAGUGUCCUCAGCUGGUUCAGGGAGAGUCGGCAGUCCCGAAAACUAAUUCUGCUUAUUGUUUUCAUUGCAUUACUCCUGGACAACAUGCUGCUUACUGUAGUGGUGCCAAUAAUUCCCAGUUACCUGUACAGCAUUAAACACCAGAAAAAUGAAACAGAAAUCCAGACUAUGAGACCUGAGAUAGCUGCAUCAACUGUGGCCAGUUUUCAAAGCAUCUUCUCCUAUUAUGACAAUUCCACAAUGGAUACUGGAAGUCAGUCUGAUAGGACAAGAUCAAGAGAUUUGUAUCAUACUCAGACAGAGCAAAUGGUGGUUAAUGUGACUAAUGCACCAUCUGAUUGCCCCACGAAAGACAAGGACUUGCUAAAUGAAAAUGUCCAAGUUGGUUUAUUGUUCGCUUCUAAAGCCACUGUGCAGCUAAUCACGAACCCUUUCAUAGGGCCAAUGACAAACAGAAUAGGCUAUCAGAUUCCAAUGUUUGCUGGCUUCUGCAUCAUGUUUGUGUCAACAAUUAUGUUUGCCUUCUCGGGAAGCUAUACAUUGCUGUUCAUAGCAAGAUCUCUUCAAGGAGUGGGUUCCUCAUGUUCUUCUGUGGCUGGGAUGGGUAUGCUGGCCAGUGUUUAUACAAAUGAUGAAGAGAGAGGCAAUGCAAUGGGAAUUGCAUUAGGAGGACUGGCUAUGGGAGUAUUAGUGGGUCCACCUUUUGGGAGUGUGAUGUAUGAGUUUGUGGGAAAGACAGCACCUUUCCUUGUGUUGGCAGCAUUAGCUCUGUUAGAUGGAGCUGUUCAGUUAUUUAUUCUACAACCAUCCAGAGCACAACCAGAAACUCAAAAAGGGACACCAUUAUUGACCCUCUUGAGAGAUCCAUAUAUCAUUAUUGCCGCAGGAUCAAUCUGCUUUGCAAACAUGGCUAUUGCUAUGCUGGAACCAGCAUUGCCUAUCUGGAUGAUGGAGACCAUGUGUUCAAGAAAAUGGCAACUUGGCGUCGCUUUCCUUCCAGCUAGUAUCUCUUAUCUUAUUGGAACUAAUAUUUUUGGGGUACUUGCACACAAAAUGGGAAGGUGGCUUUGUGCUCUACUUGGGAUGAUAAUCGUGGGAAUAAGCAUUUUAUGUGUACCAUUUGCCAAAAACAUAUACGGGCUCAUAGCACCAAAUUUUGGGGUCGGGUUUGCCAUUGGAAUGGUGGAUUCCUCAAUGAUGCCAAUUAUGGGCUACCUUGUAGAUCUGCGUCAUGUUUCAGUCUAUGGCAGUGUGUAUGCAAUAGCCGAUGUUGCCUUCUGCAUGGGGUUUGCAUUAGGUCCCUCUGCUGGUGGUGCCAUUGCAAAGGCAAUUGGAUUUCCAUGGCUCAUGACAAUUAUAGGGAUUGUGGAUAUUCUCUUUGCUCCUCUAUGUUUUUUCCUUCGAAGUCCACCUGCCAAGGAAGAAAAAAUGGCAAUACUCAUGGAUCAUAACUGUCCCCUUAAAACAAAAAUGUAUACUCAGAACAACAUCCAGUCAUAUCCAAUAGGUGAUGAUGAAGAAUCUGAAAGUGAUGAAUAAUAUUAAAAGCCAUAUUGAGUAUAUUGGUGUACACAAUGCAGUGUUUCCUGUGAAACAUCUCAUACAGAAAUAUGUUUUAGGUGUACUGUACUUUUAAUGGUGAAAUAGUAAAAAAACCAAAGGUAUAUUAUUUAUUUCCCAUGGUUAUAACGCAGAUU